GGGGCGAAGGAGAGAGAAGGAUGGGGGGCUCCGGCGCUGCGCCUUUGGCCUUUGGGGGGCUCCUGCUGGCGAUGGGGGCGCUGGUGGUCUCCGCUUCGGAGGGGCUGGGCGUGGAGGCGCCUCCAGAGCAUUUCCUGUUCCAGCAGAAGCCCGAGUGCCACUUCUUCAACGGGACGCAGCGGGUCCGCCUCCUAUAUAGGCUCUUCUUCGACCGGCAGGAGCUCUCCUACUUCGACAGCGACCGAGGGAAGUUCGUGGCUGUGGCUGAACUGGGGGAGCCCGAAGUCAAGGGAUGGAACCAGGACAAGGACUUCCUGCGGGGCCAGAUGUCCAUGGUGGAUGCCUUCUGCCGGCACAACUACGAGCUCGCCGAGCCCCUCUCCCAGGCCCGGCGCGUCCAGCCCAAGGUGAAGAUCACCCCCACAGACAACGUUGAAUCUUCACCACACAACACUCUGCUGAUUUGCACCGUGAACCGCUUCUUCCCUGCGGGGAUCGAGAUCAAGUGGUUCAGGAACGGGAAGGAGGAGCCCAAAGUGUGGACCACGGACCUCAUCCGGAACGGGGACUGGACCUUCCAUAUUGAGGUGAUGCUGGAGACAAAGCCAGAACGUGGAGACGUCUACACCUGCCAGGUGGAGCAUGCCAGCUUCGAAGGCCCCGUCAUGGUGCAAUGGGAGCCACAGUCGGACUCUGCCAGGAGCAAGAUGUGGACGGGGAUUGUGGGGAUUGUGCUGGGGCUGGUCUUUGGGGCCACUGGACUCGCCCUUUACCUGAAGAACAAGAAAGGGCAAGCUGUUCCUCAGCCUGCAGGACUCAUCAGUUAGACUUCGCUGUUCCAUCAGGAUCCUGGGAUGUGGAGAAGCUCUGUUCUUCCUGCCAGUUGCCCUCUGUCCAUGCUCAGAGGGUGGAAACCUCCUUGGAAGGUGGAUGGAAGGAGUCACAGAUCAAGAACGACAGUGUCCACCCCUCCCCCACCUCUGUUGCUUGCUUGUCAUCUGGGGAAAGUUUCUUCUUGUGUUUCUUUUUCCGCUUGUGGAUUGCAAGUUAUGGCAACCUGAUUCCUUCUUUGCAUCUCUCUGCUAGAGAAUUUGUGCCUUGAAUCUCCCUGGAGGAGCCUGAGCUGUCCCUGAAAACAGCCAUGAAUCUGGCCAGACUGCCAGGACUGGUCCUUCAAGCCCAGAUGGGGAUCCUGAUCCUUGAGAUUCCUCAUUGCAGGAGGUUGGGCUAGAUGACCCUUGGGGUCCCUUCUCUACCAUUCCAUAAAAUGGUGAAUGGCCAGAUAUAUUUCUUCCCACAGCCCUGUGACACGGAGGAUGAGUCCCGUUUUUGGAGAGAGUCCCUGCUCCCCACCCUCACCCUGCUGACUUUUAUCUCCUCAGGGAGAGUAGUUUGUUAAUUUCUCUGUCAAUAUCCUGCUCUUUUGUGAUCUUAAGGAUCAGCCCUCUGGCUGGGAUCCUCACCCGACCCACUUCAAGGCAGAAGCGGAUUUCACAGCCUUGAGAGCAUUUCCUCUGAGUUGCACCAAUGAAGAUUUUCUUCAGUUUCCCUCUGUGGUCCUUGAACUAUUUUAUUUCUUUUAGAUUUCAGCAUUCAAGUAGCGCCACACUUGACAAUCCUGGGUGUAAGAAGAAGGGUUGAUCUGCCCAUUUCCACACAACUUCCACACCUGAAAGAAGGUGACCUUCAGUCAUACCUCCAAUAUUCCCCACCUUUGGGUUAUUGACUUCUUUAAGGCCUUUUAAUGUAACCAUUCAACACCCCAAGGUGGUUUACCACACAAACAUCCUAAUAAAAGCAAGAAAAGUCUGUUUCAA